AGCAGCAGCAGCAGCAAGAGAGCGCGUCCGAUAGCUCGUCGGGGCAAAGCAAGGCAAGGCAAGGCAAGAUGUGCAACGUCAUAACGAUCCCGUCGGUCGCCUGGCUGCGCCGCGCCGUGCGCCGGUGGCGGGCCCGCCGCGGUUCCGCCUCCGCCCCGGUGCCGGCGGGGCACGUCGCCGUGUGCGCGGAGGGAGCGCGGUUCAUGGUGCGGCUGGCGCACCUGAGCCACCCGGCGUUCCUGGAGCUGCUCCGGCAGGCGGAGGAGGAGUACGGCUUCGCGUCCGGCGCUUCCGGCCCCGUCGCGCUCCCCUGCGACGAGGACCGCCUCCGGGACGUCCUCCGCCGCGUCUCUUCCUCGUCCGACUCCGAGGUGCCGCGACGCUCCUCCUUCUGCCGCCGGCGCGGCGAGUCGCGGCCGCUGCUGCAGGGUGCGGCCGUGGAGAAGCGCUUCUUGUGAGCGAUCGGCCAACGGCGCGCGUGCAGCGGCGCCGAAGGUCGAGCAACGCAGCGCCCGAUUUCUGUGCGCAACGGCAGCAAGUAGUGAGUGGUGACAGAGACAGACACGGUAUUCCGGAGGCGGGAAAAAGGCGGCUGCCGUGGCCGUGAAGAGCGUUCGGGCCGGCGUGCUCCUGUCCCGUGCCCAGCAAAACGCCGGCCGGGGUACUGAGCUAGGAAGUAACAGUAUGUGAUGGUGAUGGUAGUAACUGAUUGAAGAAGGCGACGAUUUUUUUGGGAUUGUUUUCUCUUGUAACUAUUCUACUCGUCUCUGCAACUCCUUGCCGAGGCAUACGAGUAAAUUGAUUAAUAAUGAUUGGUCAUUGUUCUUGUUGUA